AUGACUGAGUCCCUAUCAAUGACAAACCUCUACCGAUCAACUAAUCAUGAGCGAAAGAUUGAUGACAUCUCCCGCGAUGUCAGCAGCAUUAAGACUCUGUUGGUAGCACUCGAGCUCAACAGAGCCACAUCAACUCAAACAUCACAGAAGCAACCUCGCUCGGCUUCUGUAUCUCCAAGUCGAGCUGAAGCAAUCAGUUCGGAGAAAUCCCAAUCGGCUGAUAGAGCUGCUCUGCCUCCUCGCUGGGAUUACUCUGCCCAUAUGAUAGACUUUAUUCAGUCCAUCAUUCAGGACAAUGGGCCUGUUCAAGGAGACACUGAGUGGAGCAGCACCGUUUCUUCGCUGAAGAGUCUUGCGAAUGCUUUAGAGAACCCACAUAUAACACGAAGCCAGCAGCCAAAACCUCAUGAGCCGCCGGAAAGUAUACCGACGCCCCCGUUAGAAGCCAUCGUGCAAAUUCUGCGAUGGGUUAAAGAACACUCGAGUGAUUAUAGAGUAGUCUGGAUAUGCCGCUUCCUUCCACUCGGCAUCUUCCUAGAUAUUUGCAACAAGGUCUACUUCCGCGUUGAGGAUCAUACCGAGGCUGAGUUUAUUAUUGCGAAUAGUUUCUUAUCAUACGUAUUUGCUGAAUAUGCUGUCAUUCACGGAGACGCUAAGUCACAAGAAUACUGUCGCUUUUAUCGAUCCAAAGUUGGCGACGGUCUUACGAAACUGACUCUGUUGGCGACGCCAUGCAUGGAGUUGAUCGCCGCACUUGCUCUAGGAAAAGGCAAUUUACUUGGUCGAGGAGAGUCGAGCAUCACAGUCGUGGACAUUGAUAUCGACCGCAAUGACGCUAUGCCAGACACUGGGCUAUCACCGACUCGACUCGCUUAA